AUGAGCCCAACGAACAGAACUGGCUUGCUUGGUCUCUUUGGUAAUAAGGUAGUUUCAAUAGAGUACUAUACCGAAAAAAUCAAUGAACUGACCCCAAAAUUGGAAGCUGAACAGAAAGUCACGCUCAGAAAGAAGCAGCAGGGUUCAGCUCUGGUCUUCUUCACCGGCAGGGUUACUGUUGCUUCUGCGGCUGCAGUGAUUAAGACACUGUUGGAAGCUUACCUCCCUCAGAUUGCACUUAAUGUGUUUCUGGCUUUGUUGCUGAAAUUUCUUUUGUUUCUAUCAAAGGCUGAGGGCAUUCCUUCGGAGAGCCAUGCAAUAAGAGCCGCUUCAGGGAAGUACUUAUAUUUCCGCGUCUCGAACGAUGAGUUAACUGAUAUUCUUGAUUUUAUGGAACUUAGGUUCUUUGUUGGCUAUGGUCUUGAGCUGUCCCGGAUAGUUCCUUUGAUAAUAUUCCACAUCAAGAGGAAGUACCUUUGCAAAACUGAAGCUGAAUUGAAAGAAGCUUGGGCUCCUGGAAAUCUUGAAUUUGGAACUAGAAUUCCUGGUGACAUGCUGGUAGUCACAAUUGUCUUUUGCUACUCUGUUAUAGUUCCAAUAAUUAUUCCAUUUGGUUUCGUAUACUUUGGCCUCGGAUGGCUUACUCUCCGGAAUCAGGUGAUGCCUAUUGUUCCCAAUGAAAUUAUAAUCCUUGCCCGGACAUUUGUUUUAGCCUACAAUGACAUGAUAACUCAUGGAAGUUGUUUCAGAUCAAAGUUGUUAAAUCUAUGGAAGGAUGUGGCCUCACAUUCACACGCACGUCUUAGCUUCCUUACUCCUAUUUUAAGUCACCAUGUUCGGUUACUUUGGCGUGAAGAAAUUCUACUACGCUCCAUUUCUGAUUCCCCUUCCGAUACUGUCCUUGAUCUUCGCCUUUGUAGAAAGAAAUUCUAUCGUUUUUUCCAAGCAAUAGCUCUUGAAGUAGCUUAUCGUGAAUUGAAGGAAAUUCCAAACAUGGAACUUGUCUUCAGAUCUUUCAUUCCACCAAGCUUGAGCGCUGAGAAGUCUGAUGAUGAUCAGUUUGAAGAAGCUUUGUCUCAAGUUUCAAGGACAGGUUCAUUUGUUUGA